AUGACCAUUAUAGGUAUGGUCAAUUUUUCUGUCAAUUGCAGGGGUUUAAAGGAGUUCUAUUGUGAUUCCGGCAACUUUGGCGUCAAAGGCAUGAACGCAGUACUCGAUCAUUGUCCCUUUCUCGAAAAUCUCAUCGUCGAGCAUCUUAACAGGCUUGUGCUUAAAGAUUCCGCUAUUAGACCAGGUGUCGCCGCCUAUUCUCUUAAAACCAUAUGCAUCAAAUAUCUCAUCAAUGGUUAUCAAUUCAGACCUCUGAUCCUGAGCUCUAAGAAUCUUGGAACCUUGAAGAUUGUCUACUGUAGUGGGGAUUGGGAUAAGGUCUUUGAAGCCAUGACUCCCACCAAUCUGUUUGAGAUACAUCUGGAAACACUCCCACGAAUAAGCGAUAUCGCCCUCAUUGCUAUCUCAAAAAAUUGCUUAAAUCUGGAGAUUUUACAUCUUCUUGAGAAUGCCAAUUACAUGGAUUUGGGUCUUGUGUACAUCGCUAACCACUGCAAUCUCCUAAGGGAAGUUCAUCACAUCGUUAGAUGGAACAUUAGUGAUGAGAUAGGUGACGAAGGCGUUACUACCAUUGCCGAACGAUGCCCUAACCUUGAGGAAUUGAUUCUCAUUGGUAUCUGA